GCAGCCAGCAGCCAUGGACAUGAGCCUCGAGUACUCAAGCUCUCCUUCCUCCUCGUCCACGGCCGAGAACGGUGGCGCGGCGGUGCAGUGGCCUUGGCCGCCGAAGCGCCCCGCGGGGCGCACCAAGUUCAAGGAGACGCGUCACCCGGUGUUCCGUGGCGUGCGCCGCCGUGGCAGCGCCGGGCGGUGGGUCUGCGAGGUGCGCGUCCCAGGGGAGCGCGGCACGCGUCUCUGGCUCGGCACCUACGUCGCCGCCGACGCGGCCGCGCGCGCGCACGACGCCGCCAUGCUCAUGCUCCGCGGCCGCUCCGCCGCCUGCCUCAACUUCCCUGACUCAGCGUGGCUGCUCGAUGUGCCUGCCGCGUUCGCCGACCUCGCCGACAUCAGGCGAGCGGCCGUCCAGGCCGUCGCGAACUUCCAGCGCCGUAGGGAGGCCGCCAGCGCUUCCGCCGCCGCCGCCGCGGUCCAGGAAGUUACCUCCAGCGUGUCCGCGACGGCGUUCAGUGCCCGCUCGUCGGAGACGGUGCAGACUUCCGGCGAUGCCGCUUCUGAGGUUCCGGAUGCCGCACUGGACAGCGACGGAGUGUUCGAUCUCGAGUGCUUGUUUGGGGAAACGGACUUGGACGCCUAUUACUACGCGAGCCUUGCGCAGGGGCUUCUCAUGGAUCCCCCACCUCAGCCGGCCGCCGUGGCGUACAGCUGGGACAACGGAGACUGUGGCGAUGGCGGAGGCGGAGCCGGAACAGAUGUCGCGCUCUGGAGCUACAGCUACUAGCUUGCAACGACGAUAAUCUUGUCCGGCAUAUUCGACUAUGUUCUUGGAUUUCUGACGCUGCUGCGUCGCAACGCAUUCAAAUUCCGGCCGCUUCCAGCAUGUCGUCGUCGCCGUCGAUCGAUCGCGAUGAUGUUCCCAGUCUCAUGGUUUAGUUUUCAACUCAGGUUAUUCGCGCCUCCCAACUCCUGGCAACCAGACGUACAUGAAGCUUCUCGUCGGCCAAGCUGCUGAAGCUACCAGCAGAAGGGAAACAGUCACAGUGCCGCGCUGACACGCGCUGACACUGGCUAUUCCAUCUCUUGACUCUUCUUCGUCCUAGAGCGUCAACGUCCUUCCUUGUCGGUCCCGUGACUAUAUAUUGGACCAAGUGGUAUGAUCGAUGUGAUGUAUCCCCUUAAUUGGAUAUCUAGAAAUAGUGCUACCAGUGUUAGGUUAAGAUUGACCUUUAGCUGAGAUUGCAUGAUCAACUUGGAAUAAAU